AUAUAAACAUUGAAUUUGAAAGCUUUUUACUUGUACACUCUCUACUAUUGUUAAUCUGUUCAAUUAUCUGUGUGCGCGUUAAAAUUUAAGCUUGUAUAAUAUAAAUCAUUUUAGAGUGAAAAAAAUAAAGUUUAAUUUUAACUGAAUGGUUUUAUGCCACUGAUUUCUUUUUUGGCACAUUUGGUAAAAUAUUUCAACGAUGGAGCUAGAGGAAAAGACUUCACAGCCGCAAAGAAGUAUAUUCAGAAUAGUACGAAGACGAAAGACUAGGUUGGUUUACUUGGGUUUACUUCUUCUUGUGUUGGCAAUGGUUGUUCUGCUGUGUUAUCUUACAUACAUGGUUCAGAAACUGAGUGCUUCUAGUUCGUCAUCGACCAGAGAUGAGGUUUCCCCAUCCGCUGAACAGCUAGUAAGCGACAGUGGCGAUCCUGAUGAACUUCCGGAACAAAUGUCAGAAUCACAAAAGUUUUUCCUAAGUAUUGGAAUAAGACAGGAACGUCCAGUACAAGGUUGCUCUGAAACCCAACUUAAACUUUCUUUCCCGAACAUCGAUUAUGCUUUCCUUGGUUAUGAUAUGUACAGAGGUUAUCCUCUUGCAGACUCCCAUGACCCUGGAUUCACCAACCCCAUUUUCAGGGCCGAUUACUCUGAAAAGCAUCAGUCGGCAGACUGUAGAUACAGCAUUCCCAACGGUUUCGUUGCAAUUUCUGAUGUAUCAUGCGUGGCGUCUUUUUCAUCAACGGUGAUAGAAACAAAAGAAGAACUUGUAAAAACUUUGUCAACGAUGGCUGAAUUCAGUCUUGGUUCUGCAAAGGCGGAAUUUUCAACAAGUUUUGGAUAUAAGAAAACGACAAGUUCAUUAGCACAAGGAAACUCCGUGUUUAUAGUAUCAUCCGCUCAUUGUGACUAUUACUUUGUGAAGAUUCGUAAAGAAACACCACCAACUUUUGAUGAUGGUUUUCUGAUAUGGCUAAGCAAAUUGGACAUUACCGACACAAAUACAACUUAUCUUGAAUUUUUGGAUAGGUACGGUACCCACUUCAUAACUGAGGCAACAUUUGGUGCUAGAUUUUCAAAUGAAUAUAAAAUGAAAUCCGACUACUAUCAAUCAGUAAAAGACACAAAGUACAGUGCAAGUGUGCGAGCCAGUUACUCUGGCAAGAAAAGUAUCGGUGCUGGGUUUAACUUGGAGACGGGACAGCGGGAAGCUGCCAGCGAAUUCACUGAAAAUGUAGAAACUCGUACGAUCACAGUGGGAGCGGCUCCGCCGUCAAACGGAGAUGCGCUGACUUGGGCAUCUGAAGUGCAGCAAAACCCUGUUCCCUCAAGGUACACUCUCGAGCCGAUUGAAAACCUGUUUGUCAAAGAGUUUGUUGGUCCACUUGGAAUUGAUUAUGAAAUGAUACGCUUUAACUUGAUGAAGUACAAGGAUGACUACAAGCGGUAUCGGGAACAACAAAGUCCCGACUUUACUCUUGGAAACAAUCAAAACAACGAAAUAGUUCUGUGGGAGGUGAAACAGACGCUGCAUAUCAAGGGUGGCGGCAUUCAAGGAACAUGGGGUGUAGCAGAAUUCUGUCCGCAAGGAUCCUUUGCAAUCGGAUAUAAUCUUAAGAUUGAACCCGACCAAGGAAAAGGUGAUGAUACGGGCUUGAAUGCUAUUAAACUUAUCUGUGCAGAUCAAUAUGGCUUCAUUCGUGGCAAUGAAAUUACAUCGACACAGGCAAUUUGGGGAAGUUACAGAAAAGAAAAUAAACUUUGUCCAAAAAGUGGAAAAACCGUCUACUUCCUUACACGAUAUUCUCUGCAAAUGCAUGACUGGGAUCACAUAGCAGCAUCUUUUGUAACAUUCAAGUGCCAAGAUUUAAAUAAAACUAAAGAAGAGCUACAGCUGGAGAUAUUUCCAGGACAUGGUGAACCUUGGGGCAGAUACUGGGGCACGAGCGAUUCGUGCCCUAUUGGGACAGCUAUAUGCGGUCUCAAAACAAAGGUUGAGAAGCAGCAAGAUAAAGGCCACGACUCUGCAUUGAAUGAUGUGAAGUUCUUUUGCUGCGGUCGUGACGUCAUCAAUUAAGAAAAAGGACCUUAACUCAAAAAAUUAUAUUGUUCUUGAAAUAGGGAGGUUUUUGCGUGAUGACGAACAUUUUUCUAGAAAUAGCAAUCUUUUUUGCCGAAAAAUAAUUGAAUUUUGAGAAAUUCAAAGAAUAAAACUAUUGAAAGGAUCCUAUACGUAUUACCAGACUUGAUGAAUAAUUCAAAUACAAACUGUAACAUCUCACAUACUAUAACAUUUACAGAAACAAGGAGGAGUAUCCAACAGGAAAAGCCACGUUUUAAAAACGCAGCGUCCCCAAACGCACACACGACCAACACACGCACACCACACACACACACAAAGCAAACAUAAACAUAUAAAGAAACACAGUGGGGCACCGCCUUGGAACGGUCAGUGGCAAAACCACCACUGGGGAGCUUCAACCGGUUUAUGGUGCACCUAACCUCACUCUUAAAGAAGAAGUCAAGGAACAGAAAUAGAAGUCAAGGAACAAUUUCAUUCUUUUUUUGUCUUGGUUUUUAGAUUAUUCCAUAUUCAGAAUAGAGAAUUGACAUUAUACAUGUAUUGAAAGCAUAUGUAAAGACAUUUAUAUAUUUUUUAAAUAUAAGUGAUUUUUUAGUCAAUUUGGAAAUACAGCCAA